AUGGAUCUUACCCCACCGGUCGGCAUAGAUCUCGAUGCAUCCCAUCAAACUCAGUUGAGAGCGACAUAUUCGGUCACUUAUGGUCUAGCUGUAGUUGCUGUGGCCCUGCGCUUGCUAUGUCGACUGAAUAUCUCCAAGAUCAAAUUAUGGUGGGAUGACUACAUCAUCUGUACUGCGUUGGCGCUCGCCACAGGUAACUUCAUCGACAUGAUGAUCUGGGUUCAACGGGGCGUCGGCACCCAUAUCUAUCGCUGGGGACUACCUGGAGUCUCCCACUUCUAUAUCAAUCUCUUCGUCUGCGAAAUCUUGUAUACGCUAUCUCUCUGCUUCACAAAGUACUCCAUAUUGCUGUUCUUCUGGCGUAUCUUCGGCAGCACCAACAUCCGUAUACCAAUCUACAUCCUGGCAUUCCUCAUCACAGCUUGGGGGCUCGGUGUGAUCUUAACGACCUGCUUUCAAUGCGUGCCUAUUCAAGGACUGUGGGACUACUCCAUCAAGGCUCACUGUGGUGUGAACAUCAAUUCCUUUUUCAUAGGCAACGCAGUCCCCAACAUCAUCACGGACUGGGCGCUGCUGAUUCUACCCCUGCCGUAUGUGUGGAAGGUUCAGCGAAACAACGUCCAAAAAAUUGCACUAUGUGGAGCUUUCGCGAUGGGAGGAUUGUAUGUACCAACCCUUGUUCGCCACCGUUAA